CAUCGUUACAGGCCUGGCACUGUGGCUCUGAGAGAGAUCCGCCGUUAUCAGAAGUCUACUGAGCUGCUCAUCCGCAAGCUGCCCUUCCAGCGCCUGGUGAGAGAAAUCGCUCAGGACUUCAAGACCGACUUGCGUUUCCAGAGCUCGGCCGUCAUGGCUCUGCAGGAGGCAAGCGAGGCAUACCUGGUCGGUCUGUUCGAGGACACCAACCUGUGCGCUAUCCACGCCAAGAGAGUGACCAUCAUGCCCAAGGAUAUUCAGUUGGCCCGCCGUAUUCGCGGAGAACGCGCUUAAACUACAACUCCGUCUAAUAUACACAAAGGCUCUUUUAAGAGCCACUUCCUCGUCUCAGAAAACAGCAAAUUUU